GGGGCCGAUUGCUAUAAGUAUAAUAGUGGAGCCAGAAAAUUGAAUUAAAAUUUUUUAAAAUUAUUGUGUUUAAAUAGUCAUAUAUAAGAACUAAGAUAAAUAUUUAUAAUGUCAGCAAAAGACGAUAUUCCAGCAAUUUUCCUUGAUAAAAUAUCACCAAGAGGUUUAGAAGCUAUACAAAAAUGUAAAGAUUUUGUAGAAAAUUAUUGUUUACCAGCUGAUGAAAUUUAUUUUCUGCAAAUGUCAAAUGAUCCAUCUAAAAGAUGGGCUUCAACUCCUGAUAUUACUGAAAAAUUGAAAGUUAAAGCUAGAGAAUUAGGUUUAUGGAAUAUGUUUUUAUCAAAGCAUUAUAAGGAAGGUCCUCAAUUUACUAAUUUAGAGUAUGGAUUAAUGGCUCAAUAUCUUGGUAGAUCAUUUAUAGCUCCUGAAGCUACUAAUACUAGUGCUCCAGAUACUGGAAAUAUGGAAAUUCUUGCCAAAUAUGGUAAUGAUUAUCAUCGUAAAAGAUAUCUUGAACCUUUAUUAAAUGGUAAAAUAAGAUCAGCUUUCUUAAUGACUGAAAGAGGAACUUCUUCUUCAAAUGCUUUAAAUAUUGCUUGUUCUGCAACUUUAAAUAGUAAUGGUAAUUAUGUAGUUAAUGGUUUGAAAUGGUUUGCUUCUGGUGCUGGUGAUCCAAGAUGUGAUGUUUGGUUAGUUAUGUGUAAAACUGAAAAUAAUCCAAAAAAACCUUAUGAUAAUCAUUCUGUCUUAGUGUUAGAUCCAAAAAAAGCUUUGGCUUCAGGAAAGGCUAAAUUAAUUAGACCUUUAACAGUAAUGGGUUAUGAUGAUGCACCUCAUGGACAUUGUGAAAUUGAAUUUAUUAAUUAUGAAGUUCCAAAGGAAGAUAUGGCUAAUGUACUUUUAGCAGGUUUAGGAAAGGGAUUUGAAAUUAUUCAAUCUCGUCUUGGUCCAGGAAGAAUUCAUCAUUGUAUGAGAGCAAUAGGUGCAGGUGAAUUUGCAUUAUUAAGAACCGCUCAAAGAGCAAACAAUAGAAUUAUUUUUGGUAAACCAUUGGCUCAAAGAGAAUCAUUUAUUACUCAAUAUGCUCAAAGUAAAAUAGAAAUUCAAAAGUGUAGAUUAUUAGUAUUAGAUGCAGCUCAUAAAAUUGAUUUGACUAGUGCUAAAUUGGCCCAAAGAGAAAUUGCAAUGGCUAAAAUUGAAACUCCUAAAACAAUUGUUAAAAUCAUUGAUUGGUGUAUUCAAAUGUUUGGAGCUGAAGGUUUAUCUCAAGAUACUGAACUUGCACGUAUGUGGGUUCAUUCCAGAAUUUUGAGAAUUGCUGAUGGUCCGGAUGAAGCUCAUUUGAAUCAAUUAGGAAGAAAUGAAGCUAAAAAUUUUAAGAAAGCAGAUGAAUUCUUUGGUACAUUCGAAACCAAGAGAGCAAAAUUAUUAAAAUUAUAA